AUGCUCUCGCGCGCGUGUACACGCUCAAGCGCUUUCCUGGGAGCUCGCGCUACACCAUGUCCUUUUGCUCGCCCCCCACCAGUGCUGCUCCGACGCGGAAAACGCACCAAAGCCAGCUAUCCCGAUGGGUCGGAGCACGAUGCAACGACGAAAUCCAAGCCCUCGCUCCUAGGCCGGCUCAGAGGCUCACGCUCCAUCUUCGAGGAUGACGCGAAAAUGGACCAGGCAAUGCGUCCGCUGUCCGAUGCCGAACUCGAACGCGACGAUCUGCCCGUCAUCAACUGGUACGAGCAGGACUUGGACAAAGGCACGCCGCAGCGCCUGAUUGAGCGCAUAGCCACGCCCGAAGACCGCAAGAAGGACAGAGACAUGUACCUGAUGAUAGAAGAGUCUCGGAAGAACCCCGACCAUGACGACGCAACUUUGAACCGGCGGCUCAUCGACAGCCUCCUGACAAAUCCAAACUUCGCCGAACUGACGGAUGAGCUCCAGCUCAUCAAAAAAGGCAUCAAGUCGAGGGAGGAGCUCCAGCAACUGAAACAACAGGGCGCUGCCAAGGCAGAGGCAGAGAGCAAGCAGUUCAACGCCGGCUUACGGAUGGCGACACUUGAAAUACUACAAGACGUCCUCGAGGACCCGGACAUCGGAGACGCAAAGGCCGACCUGCAAGCGUGCAUCGACCACAUGCCUGAGGUGGAAAACAUAGACAAUCCCGUGUUCCAGGCUAUGCUGAACAAGGCAAUGCACAAGCUUGAGGGCAACGAAGCUAUGCAGAACAAGGUCGCCGCUAUGCGUAAACGCCCCGACUCCGAAUUGGAGCGCGAGUGGCAGACUUAUCAGAGAGAGACCGAAGACGCCAUUGCUCAAGCAGAGACUCCAGACGAGGACCUGACUAUGGCGACACCCGAAGACAUGCAGGACGUGGACAAGCUCCUGCACCAGAUGCGGGAUGUCAUGAAGUCGUUGGGUGGCGACACCGGGCUCGAAGCCGAACUCGACGCAGCGAUCAGCGAAGACUCCACAUUGGGUCAAGAUGAAGAGGGUGUGUUCGAGCGUGAAAUGGACCCCCAAGAAUUGGCCGAAGAGCUGAAGAAGCUCGCCCAGUCCAAAGCAUCGCAGCCCGGAGAGCUUGUGGAGGACGAAGAAGAUGUUCCCGCUGAGCUCCAGGCCAAGGUUGACGAGAUCAUGAAAGACCCGAAGCUGAUGGAGAAGCUAAUGUACAUACAAAAGCUCAUUUCUGAGAACAAGCAACAGCAAGGCGAUCUGACUUCUAUCGCCCACGAAACUGCGCCUGACCCCUACCAACUCGCGGACAGCCGCACUGCGCCGCUCAGCGAGCGUAUGGCUGCUGCCCUCCAAGACCCAGAGCACGUUGCCGCUCUCCAACGCCUCCGCGUCGACCUCCCCCCACCGUUCAACAUUGCGCCCGCCCUGAAAUCGUUCAAUAAAGCCAUUGAGCUUGCCUAUAUCGGCGCAAACGAUGACAUCCGCCGAAUACUCUGGCGCUCGUACCAGAAAGCGCGAUCGUUGCCCACGUUCCUACAAAACAUUGGUGACGAGGCGUGGGACAUACUGUACUACUCGCAAGCGGUCACCUGGGGCAGUAACCAGAACCGAGAGAAUCAUCUCAGGAUGCUGCUGGCCGACCUUGAGAGCAUAGGGAGAGAUGGGCCACCUACCCAUCCCAGUACGCUCGCUGAUGGAGGUGUUGAGCAACUAAACACAUGA